GGGACGAGCGCAAGUGCUUCGGCGCCGCUCCUUUUCAGCAAGCGACCGGUCAGAAAUAUGACAGUAUGACGAGCCCGGAGGGCAGGGCGUUGCUUGCUUCAAUGCCCGGGCGGGACAACAUCCACACCGACGCCGGACUAGGAUACAACUUUGGCCUUCUCCUCCGUGCCUUGAGGGAUACCAGCAGGCAAAUCAAAUCUAUGCGUAUCUGGCAUUGGUAAGCACCACCUCCAAAAAUUGGCUCUAAGUCUCCGCGGGGCGACCCAGCGAUCAGAACGAGUAAUGGCGUGGCUAAUGGAGUCGAACGCUCAGGGACAAGCAGCACAAACUCGAUUAUGUCCCGGUCCACAUCCUGCCGCGGAUCGACGACCCCCACACGGGGCUUCAAGAGGGCCUUGCCGCUAGUCUCGCCAACCUGACGACGCUGUCCUUGAUGCGGCGUUACAUCGACGAGAGCGCCCAGCAGACGCCGGGCCAGGCCGUCCAAGAGAGCUUCAGUAGCAGCUUCCUCCCGACCCUUAUCAACUUGGCGACGUCGCUGCAGCGUCUGACCCUGAUGUUCGACGACAACAUGGCCAAGUCAAGGGCCGAUCAAGAAGUGUUGAUAACAGCCUUCAGCGACUUCGCAUGGACCACGCGACUACCAUGUCUCCAACUGUUGGACCUGCGCAGCGCCACGAUCCGAUAUGCCGACCUGCUGCAGCUGUGGUGGCGUGUGCAUCGCACCGCGACCGAGAUCCACUUGCGCGCAAUCGCACUUGUUGACGGUGCUUGGCACCAGUUCUUCGGGCAUCUGCAGCAAGCGUAUGGUCGGCAGAUGGUCAUGGCCGGCGGCCACUUCGACGUGACGUCGUCGCUGCGAGAGGUGCGCAUAAGGUUCUCUUGGCUGGUGGAAAAGAGUCUCAAGGACGACGGCGGCAUUCAAGGUAAUUUCAGGUUCCAGCCCACUGGGGUCGUUGUCUCCGACGAUCAGAUGCUGGAGAGCUGCUGGAAAAAGUGUCUCCGGCCGAUGAGCUUGGACUGUCACCGUAGGUUCUGCGACCACGUCAGCAUCUGCACAACCCUUGUUCUUGGAGAGGAGGCCGAGGCAGGGACCUCGAAGGGGCUCAAGACUCUCCUCGAUUCGACUGUCGUCACUACGGACAAGCGGGUAGAGCUAUUGGGGCAGCUGCUUCUGACGCUUUUCACCGGACAGCCUUGAUCGAUGCAACGAUCCACAGCUUAUGCGAUCAUACUAGACGUAGAACUAACGUUAGUUGAUGGAAUAACUUAUUACUACAUAAGCACAAUCCACACGUGUGUGGAGGCUUCGAGUUCUUUGUGCCGACGAUGUUCUUUCCGGCACCUCCUAUCGAAAGCUGGAAAGGUUGAACAUGAUCAUGCUUCAAACCGAAAGCAUGCUCUAACUUGGCUGAGUACUAGCAUAGCAACUUUGAAAGCAACCUCAGUUAGAAAAAGCCCUUUACCGUCGACUUUCAGUGCUUCUCAAUAACCAUGGCUAGGGAUGUAGAUCUCUAAAAUGAAACAAUCGCCAGACUGAAGGAACUGACGACAGUGAUUAACGACGGAUCUCUUUUUUC